AUGGACUACGUCGAGCACCGCAUGGCCCAAGAGGCCGCCAAACAGCCCGCCAGCGCCGCGCUCCUCACGCCCCUCAACCUCAUCCUCCUCUCCCUCCUCCUCUACACCCUCUACAGCACCUUCUUCUCCUCAUCCUCCUCCUCAUCCUCCUCAUACCCAACCCUCCCGCGCGGCCCCCCGCCCACCGUCUUCCGGACAUACACGCCCCGCAGCCUGCUGCCCUACAACGGCACCUCCGCCCCGGACGCACCCGUCUACUUCGCCGUCCGCGGCCGCGUCUUCGACGUCUCGCGCGGGCGCAACUUCUACGGCCCCGGGGGGCCCUACGCCAACUUCGCGGGGCGCGACGCCAGCAGGGGCCUCGCCUGCGGGAGCUUCGACGAGGAUAUGCUGACGGAGGACCUGGACGGGCCGCUGGACACGCUGGCGGAUUUGGGACCCGACGAGAUGGAGGCGCUGAGGGGGUGGGAGGAGCGCUUCCUGGAGAAGUAUGAUGUGGUGGGGAGGUUGGUGUCGGUGGGGGAGUAUAACGAGAGGAAGCAGCAGCAGUCGCUGAGCUCCGAGUAG